UCUUUCUCUACAUGGUGAUGGUGGUACAAGAUGACAAGCAGCAAGGCAGGUAUUGCACCACCACAACAGCCUAGUAUUGAGUGUUGCAUGUGUGGAGAUUAUGGUCUGUCUUAUGAGCUCUUCAAGUGCAAAGUUUGCCAAUCCAGAUCUCAACACAGGUACUGUAGCAACCUGUACCCAAAAGCCGAAUCUUAUAGGGUAUGCAAUUGGUGCCUGAGUGAUCAAAAAGAAGACACAGCCGAGAAAACACAAAACCAUUUGAACAGCGAAGACACUCGUGUGAUCAAGAAGAGGAAAAAGAAUGACCAUCAUGGAGGCCUAAAAAAGGGUCAUAAAAAUAAUUUGCAGUUGCAAGUCAGCAGCCCCAUCAAGAAACAAAGGUUACCGGAGGGAUCACCGUCAGUGGCGGCAGCCCGGAAAAGGACCACCACAGGUGGUGGUGGUGGUAGUGUGGAGGAGAGGCUGAGGAGGACAAAGUCAGAGGAGAUAUCAAAUAAUGGUGGAAUCAUCACUAAACAAGUGUUUAGGAAUAAGGUGAGAAGGUAUAAGCUCUUGGAUGAGGUCUCAGGCCAAUGAAUGAUUUAGUACCCUAAAUAUUAGGUAUAGUGGUAAGAUUAUAUAAUAAUAUUACUAAUUAAUGUGAGAUCUCAAGCUGAGAUUGCGAGAACUACCUGAUUGAAUUAGUUGAAGACAAAUGAUAGAUAUAUACUUAAUCACAUUUACGAUCUUUUAUUACUUAGUGAUAUCAUCGUUAUACUCAA